AUGGCCGGGCUGGUGUUGUCUCCUGUGCCCAGAAACUGGCUGGUGGUGUUGCUGCUGCUUCUCUCAGCCCAGACUGUGCCGGUGGCCAAAACACAGGACCUGUACCAGAAUCCCGAAGGAAGUGCUUGUUCCCGGAUCUGGCAGAACCCACGUUUCAUGGCCAAGAAACGGGGCUACACAGCAAAAAUACAUUGCUACACGGAUGGCACCUCUGGCGUGGUGAGCUGGCUGCGGAAGCAGGAGACGGACCCCGAGCCCCAGCAGCUGCACCUGGAGGAGGGACACAUGCUGCAGACCCAGAACGGCUCCAUCUUCACCCUCAUCAUUCAAGGCACCCAGUUUGAGGACAACGGCAUCUACUUCUGCCAGCAAGAGUGCACUGGGGACCCCCCAGAGGUCUACCUGGGCUGCGGCACUGAGCUGCGAGUCAUGGGGUUCAGCACCUUGGCGCAGCUGAAGCGGCGGAACACGCUGAAGGACGGCAUCAUCAUGAUCCAGACCCUGCUCAUCAUCCUCUUCAUCAUUGUGCCCAUCUUCCUGCUGCUGGACAAGGAUGAAGGCAAGGCCGGGAUGGAGGAAGAUCACACCUACGAGGGCCUGAACAUCGACCAGACAGCCACCUACGAGGACAUAGUGACUCUGCGGACAGGGGAGGUGAAGUGGUCUGUGGGUGAGCACCCAGGCCAAGAGUGAGGGCAGGGC